CUUUGCCUCCAUUUUCCUCCUCUGGCUCCUGUAGGAGAGGUUGCUGUGCGUCAGGACUGCUCUCCAGACGUGUGCUUCUCCAGCAGGCAUGACCCGUCCGGGCCUCCGCACCCCAGGGACCCUGAUCCCCGCCGCCCUGCUCCUGCUGACCCUCCUAGGGCAAUGUCAGGCCCAGCAGACCUUCUGCCAGCUUCCCCCUGGCGAUCAGGUCAUCCAGUUGCCUGAAAACACGGCAUUGGAUGCUGUUAUUACCACGAUCAUUGUUCAAGAGGGGGUGGCUCUCACCCUCGGAGACGACUUCGGAGGGACAUUUGCCCUGACAGGACCAAGGGUCGUCCUGAAAAUAGGUUUAGACUAUGAGACUUUGAAAGAUUAUCGUCUGGAGAUUGGGUGUGCCAAAGAAGCUGAGACCGUCGCUGCCAUUAGUGUCUUAAUCGUCGUGGGGAAUAUAAAUGAUAACCCUCCAGUAUUUGAGAAGAUGACCUAUGAACUGGCAGUCAAUGAGCUGGUUGCUGUGGAAACAGAGGUCGGCCGUGUGACUGCCACUGAUCUUGAUGGAUUGGGCUCACUGUAUUACCGGAUCGUGCCCCCCCAGGAAUACUUUGAUCUGCAGAACAUAAACCUGCCGGCCAUCAAGGUGAAGAAGCGCCUUGAUUAUGACACUAUUAAAAAAGUGGAGUUCACUGUGGUUGUCCAGGACACACAGACCUCGGCCCCACCAUCUUUUAGCGCUACCACUACAGUCAUCAUCAACAUCUUAGACAUCGACAACCGGCCGCCCUGGUUUCAGCCCUGUGUUGAGACUGAUAUCAACCUUGCCAAAGUCUGCAUCAACUCAGGCUACCAGGGAAAGGUCACUGCAACACAGCAAGAGACUGGCACUCUGCCUUUACAGCCGGGACGCCUUCAUGCUAUGGACGGCGAUAAGGGCCUCGAAGCAGCGAUUUCCUACAGAUUGCUGAGUGGAAACGUGAAUGACAUCUUUGCCAUCAACCCAAACACUGGAGAUAUUACAAUGCAGAAACCUGUUGAUGUGGCAGGUCCUAUUGUUCUGACAGUUAUGGCUUAUCAGACGACCAAUCCAGAUCAGUUCGCCACGACAACAGUGGUGCUGGAGGUGAAGAAGAUGAGCCUGCAUCCACCCCGGUUUGACAAGGACGCCUACGAAGGCUACAUCUCCUUGGACGCAGGCGUGGACAGUCUGGUGCUGGAAGGGAAGGACUCCAGCAAACCGCUCAGGGUGCAGGCCACAGACCAGGACUUUGCUGAUGGGGUGAAUCCUGACGUGACGUAUGAGGUUCAGGACAACAGUGACUUCACCAUCACAGAGCAGGGCUUCAUACUCAUGACAAGGAGUGUCCCUGCCGGCCCUCUGUCCAUCCAGGUCCGUGCUGUGGACGCGGUCAGCGGUCAGGAGGAUGUGGCUGCUGUGCAGGUGGAGGUGGCACCAGAGACGCCAACUACUACAGCUAUGCCAUCUACGACUGCAGACACUUCAACGGCCACCACAGACAUGUCAACGGCCACCACAGACAUGUCAACAGCCACCACAGACAUGUCAACAGCCACCACAGACAUGUCAACCGCCACCUCAGAAGUCAUGACUAGUAGUGCCUCCCACAUAACUUCACCUGAGAGCUCAGAGCCAACCUCUCCACAGAGCACAACAGAGGGCCCCAGGGUCCAGGCUGGUGCGUAUCGCACGGAGGACAUGGCGGCUCUGGGGGCGUCUCUAGGCGUCCUGCUCCUCAUCUGCCUGCUCUUCAUCACCCUCAUGGCCGUCCACAUCAAGAACCACAAAACAGACUGGAAAAAGCUCAAGGAAGUCAGCCAUUUCCACAACAAUCUGGCCGGGGUUGCUCCAGGGCUGAAGAGUGGAGUGCAGUACUCUAACGAGGGCUUCCAGAACACCGGCGACUCGGGCAGCACACGCAGCUCCAGAUACUCAGAUGAACCAGAUCUGAUGAUGGACAAGGUCAAGCCCAGUAAGGCCCGUGCAGUUGAGGCGCCGGUCACCCGGUCCGUGGCGCCCCAGCUUGGGAUGGUCCUUAGCGACGCCAGCAGCCUGGCUGAGAGCAGCACGAGCGAGGGGGGCAAGGAGGUGAAGCCCAUCCUCACCAAAGAGAGAAAAGACGACGAGGGCUACAAGGCCGUCUGGUUUAAAACAGACAUUGACCCCAACGCCAAGGAGGAGGUGACCAUCAUCCCAGAACGGGCUGAGCAGGACGACGAUGACGACGUUGAUGAUGUUAACGAAGUUGACGACGAUGCCGACGAUGAAGACAAUGAAGACAAUGAUGACGCGUCUGUGGGUGGUUAUUACCCACAAACGUCUGACUUGUAAAUUCAGAGAACAGCUGAGCUCCAUCUCUACCUUAACAAAGACUCCAGAACUAUCAAACACUGGGUCAUCUGCCUGAUUAAGGGCAUGUCUGCUGAUUAAAACAAGCCCCGACCCAUACCCUAACUGUAACGCAGGCCCUACAUAUUACUCUACUCUACGCUUUACCCUUUUGUAAAAAUGUAUAUCUCAGUAUUGUAUAGAAAUUAUUUUUGAAUUGUAAUACAAAUAGCACAAGGUAAUUACGAACAUUAAGGCACACUUUGUUUGUAUAAAAUCCAAUAAUGUUAAACUAUAACCAAACCUAUAACCUAUAACUCUUAAAUGGCUCAAAUUCAUUCAUUCAUUCAACAUAAAAUUCCAUGAUAAUAAAGAAGCCAGAUAUGGCACACAACUGGA